AUGACCCAAGUCUGUAGGUCAGGCUGGAGGCUUCUCCUCUUUCAUGUAGCUGCAGGGGCUGGUGAAGCCAAGAUCAACAGGUCAGAGAGCAGGGCUCUUGCUCACAGGCUACGAAGAUUGAUAAAUCCCAAGAUCGGCAGGCAAGACUGCAGCCUCCUUAUCCUUUUCCAUCCAUAUAGUUUUUAUUCCUUAACAGUUUCAGAAGAGUUGCCUUGUUUCCUGCCAGUCUGUGGUUUGGAUAAUCAGGCUACGUUAUUUGAAAAUAUAGGUCUUAUGAGAUAUGAAGAAUUGUUUUCCAUGUUACUGGAACUGGACUACACACAACCAAUUUCAGAUGAAAACAUCACAGUGACUGAUACAACCUUUAGUGAUAUUCCAGUACGUUUGUACUUCCCAAAGGGGGAGUCAGAAAGCCCGAGACGAGCUGUAAUUUUUGUUCAUGGUGGAAACUUUGCUUUGGGAAGUUAUAAGCUCACAUCCUAUGACAUGCUGAACAGAUGGACGGCAAACAAACUUGAUGCUGUUGUUGUGGGAGUGGAUUAUCGACUAGCUCCUAAAUAUCAAUUCCCUGUUGCUCUGGAAGACGUCUUUGCUGCAGUUAAGUUCUUUUUACAAGAUAAAAUUCUCACAAAAUAUGGAGUGGAUCCCACCCGAAUCUGUGUUUCAGGAGACAGUUGUGGGGCUUCAUUUGCAACAAGAGUGAUUCAACUGAUGAAGAAUAAUCCAGAAUUCAAAAUUAAAAUUAAGGCACAGGCUUUAGUUUACCCUCAGCUACGGACACUUGAUUUAUACACACCAUCUUUUCGAGAAAAUGAGCAUGGUCCAUUACUGUCAAGGGAUAUGGCACUUAAAAUUGGAUGUCUAUAUUUGACCACGGAUGAAGUGUGUUUCCGGGCACUUAAAGCAAACCAACAUAUGCCACAGGGAUCAAGACAUCUGUUCAAGUUUGUCAACUGGAGUAUCUUCCUUCCCGAGAAAUACAGAAAGAACCAAGUUUAUACUGAACCUAUUCUUGGAAGAUUUGACUUCUCACAUCCAGGACUUAUGGAUGAUAGGUUAUCAUCCUUGUUGGUUAAUGAUACCCUGCUACAAAAUUUGCCAUUAACUUACAUCCUUACCUGCCAACAUGAUGCCGUAAGAGAUGAUGGCCUUAUGUAUGUCACACGGCUUCGAAAAGUUGGAGUUGAAGUUGCUCAUAACCAUAUAGAAGAUGGAAUCCAUGCAGCAAUAUCAUACUUGGGACCACCAUUUUAUUUACAUCUAGGAAUUAGAAUAAGAGAUAAGUAUAUUAGUUGGCUAGACGAAAAUCUAUAA